AUCUGAAGCAGGCUCUGCGCUGAUAGGAUGACAGCAGCAAGCCCGACGUGGGUUCAGAUGUGGGGCUCAAAUCCACGAACUGCAAGAUCAUGACCUGAGCUGAAGUCAAGACGCUCAACUCACUGAACCACCCAGGUGCCCCCUUUUUAAAACUUUUUGUCCUCUUUUUGUUUUGCUUUUAGUCUUUUGUGUUACAGACUUUCAUUAGCUUCCUGGCAAUCAUUGGUAGUCUGCUUAUAUUUAUAGGUGGGAUAGUAAGAAGAUGUGCUUGUAAGGUGAGCUGAUUGAAUUUUUGGUAAAUCCCCAGCCAGUGUCCCAUCUUUAGGACUUUCCUCUUGGGCUCUGGUCAGGUGCCCCGGAGGAAACUUCCAGUCUCUUGUCAGGAGGCUUUACCUUGAACUGCUGACCUUGUGGGAGCUCAGUGAAGGAAGAGGGCUGGGGAGCUUCCGCAUUCUAGUAUGCCCAGAAUUGGCAUCCAGGUCAAGACUAUUGUCUUCCAGAUCUCUGGACAGGCUUCCUAGUCCAGAAAUUUACACCCUCUAGAGAAAAAACUUCCAACUUUUUGCCAAGCUUAGGGAGGGACAGUCUCAAGAUUGUGUGAUGUCUGGAUAUUUAAGCACAUUCUCUCUUAAAAAACAUAUAUAUAUAUAUUUUUUUGAAAAUAUAUUACUCUAAAAGGGGAAACUUCGCAAGAGAAAGAAGAUGCAGAACAAAAAAUGAUGUCAGAUAACUAGAUCAAGAUUUAAGGAAUGGAUUCUGGUUCUGACUACCUCCACUACCACUUCUCUCCAAGCCUCUGGUUUGUUAUCUGUGCGAAGGGGAGGGUUUAAGAUUCAGUUGGUGCAUUGAUGCUAUCUCAGCUUCUGUGUUCACCUGCUGGGUAUUCCAUAAGCUUAAAAUAAAUAAACAUGCAGUAAUUUUUUUUCUGUCUCUGGCCAAAUUGAGGUUAGUACCUGGAUUUAGUCUUAUGCCUGAAAAUUAAAACUCAAAUACCAAAGGAAAGCAAUCCCUAAGAGAGGAAAAAAAGAUGGGCUUACAGCCUUGUGGGAGUUUCUGGGCACUGGAACAGGGAAGGGGAACUGAAGUGGACCCUGCUACCUGGGUUGAGGAAUCUGAGCUAAGAGUUCAGAGAGGUUGAGGCAACUCAUGUUCAUGAGACAGAACACCAGAGAGAAGAAAGCUGUACAGAGAACCCAGGAGAUCUGUAGAAGGGCUCUUUAGAGUACUCAGAAUACUGAUCAGCAUGAGAAUAGGAGGAAAGUAACCAAGGCCAGGGAAAGAACCAUCAAAAAGGAUUAUAACAGUGCCAGGCAUUACACAAGGCUGAGAAUUGUUCCUGUUCCCAUCGACCAGAUAAAAAAUUCACAGAAUAUUGGGUAGACCAUUGUUUGAAAAUGUACCAAGGAUUUUGUUUUAAUCAGGUACAGUAAAGUGACAGACAUGGAGAUAACUGCCUUCAAAGAAGUUGAUUACAAUUCCCAAGAGAUGGGAGAGUGCCAUGCCAUUCAGGAUCACAUGAAGAAACCUCAGGGUGGGUCAGAAGGGCAGUAGGAGUGAGGGGAGAGCAUGCCUCAGACCAUUUAUUGUGGUUUCCAUGGGACAAGGCAAGGUAGACAAGUUUGAGUAAGGCUUGGAAUCUGUUAAUUCAAAUAAAAUCAGAGGGUUCUUGGCUAUAGGAACGGUCUCUAGUUGUCCAUAACCUGGCCCUGGUGUGAUUUAGGACAGGAAAUACUGGUUUGGUGUAUGAUAAUUAGGUAAAAGGUGUUUGGAGUUGAUUAGUAAAUUUGUAUACGAAAGGCAUGCUCUGCAGGUAAAUUGUUUACUGUCUAGGACCUAACCGACUCUGGGAGGGCAGUCUCUAGGAUUAGUAAGGCCCCAAGAGUCAAAGGAUCAUAAAAACAAACUUAAAAGCAUUAAAAAAAAAUAUGUUUAAACAAAAUUAGAGGCACCUGGGUGGCUCAGUUGGUUAAGUGUCCAACUCUUGGUUUUGGCUCAGGUCAUGAUCUCACAGCUUGUGAGUUUGAGGCCCGCAUCUGGCUCUGCACUGACCACUCAGAGCCUGGAGCCUACUUCAGAUACUGUGUCUCCCACUUUCUCUGCCCCUCACCUGCUCCUGCUCUGUCUCUCUCAAAAAUAAAUAAUUAAAAAAAAAAAAAAAGAUGUUUUCAGACCUACAAAGGCUGGGAACAAAAUUCAUCACGAGGAGACCUACUAUACAAAAUGUUAAAGGACAUCCUUUGGGCAUUAGGAAAAUUAUACCAGGUGGAAAUCUGUAUCUACACAAAGGAGUAAAGAUUGUGUUAUGGGGUUUGUAACAUAUGUAAAAGUAAAAUUCAUGACAAUAUUGGCAAAAAGGCCAAGAGGGGAGAAAGGAAAGCAUACUAUUGUAAGAUUUUGUAUAUUAGAAGUGGUAUAUUACUUGAAGGUGCACUGAUAAUUUAAAGAUGCAUAAUAUAAACUUCAAGCAACUCUGAAAACAAAACAACACUCAAAUGUCCAUCAGCUGAUGAACAGAUAAGCAAAAUGGUACAUCCAUACAAUGGAAUAUUAUUUAACCAUAAAAAGAAAUGAAUUACUCAUACAUGCUACAACAUGGAUGCAUUUUGCAAACAUGCUGAGUGAAAGAAGCCAGGCAAAAAAGGCCAUGUAUGAUUUCAUAUAUAUGAAAUUCAGUCCGGAAUAGGCAAAUUCAUAGAGACAAAGCAGAUUAGUGGUGCCAGAGACUGGGGAAGGGAGAAUAGGGAGUGCUUGCUUAAUGGCUAUGGGGUUUCUUUUGGGGGGUAAUGAAAACAUUCUGCAAUUAGUGAUGAUGGUUUCACAACAUGGAGAAUGUACUAUAAGUCACUGAAUUGUACACUUUAAGAUGGUGGGGCACUUGACUGGCUCAGUUGGUAGAGCAUGCAACUCUUUAUCUUGGGGUUGUGAGUUUGAGCCCCAUGUUGGGUGUAGAGAUUACUUAAAAAUAAAAUUUAAAAAAAAUGGUUAAAAUGGUUAAUUUUAUUUUAUGUGAAUGUUACCUCAAUAAAAAAAAAAAUAAAAAAAAAAAGAGGGAUGCCUGGGUGGCUCAGUCUGUUAAGCACUCUGACUCUUGAUUUGGGCUCAGGUCAAUGGUUAAAAUGGUUAAUUUUAUUUUAUGUGAAUGUUACCUCAAUAAAAAACAAAAACAAAAAAACCAAAAAACAGAGGGGCGCCUGGGUGCCUCAGUCCGUUAAGCAUUCUGACUCUUGAUUUUGGCUCAUGUCAUGAUCUCAUGGUUUGUGAGCUCAAGCCCCACUCUCAGCCCAGAGCCUGCUGGGGAUUCUCUCUCCCUCUCUCUCUACCCCUCCCCCAUUCACGUGCAUGUGCGCUCGAUCUCAAAAUAAAUAAACUUAAAAAAUAAAAGAGUUAAGCCAGUAGAGAUUUAUGAUGGAUUCAUAAGUAUUCUUUUAAAAAAGCCAGAAAAAGAGGAAGUGAGGAAAAAAGAACAGAUGGGACAAAUAGAAAAUAAAUAGCAAGAUGAUAGGCCAUCAGUAAUGGCCUACUGAGGGUUCUGAGCCCAUGGUCCCGGCUGUGAUGUAGGGGAGGCUGGUGGCAGCCACCACAGUGGUUUUGCCCUGUCCCCUGAAGAGGCAGCCAUGGUGUGGGUGGACCAAGGUGUGGUGGAGGCUGGGGGGCAGGUGAACUUGGCCCCCGAGGCUGGUGGGGCCGGUAGGGAAGGAUGAAUGAGCAAGGGGAAAAACAAGGAUGGAGGAGACAUGCUGAUGGUGGUGAAAUACCAUUUGGAGCUGCGUGCAUUUGGAGAUUAAGGCUGGUGGACACUUUACAGAAGGAAGAAGAUACAGGACUUAAACCUUGUCUCACAAGUGUAUGGUAGAGGUAAAGAAGACAAACAAGCAAGGGUCAUCUGAAAUUGAAAUUAGCUCACUAAUAAUCUCAAAGUUGGAGAUCACUACUCAAGCACAAGACCUUUACAAAGAUGGUUGGGGCACCUGGGUGUCUCAGUAGGUUAAACAUCUGACUUUUGAUUUCAGCUCAGGUCAUGAUCUCAAGGUUCAUGGGUUGGAAAUCUAAGCAUGGAAGCUGCUUGAGAUUCUCUCUCUCCCUCUCUCCCUGCUCCUCCCCUGCUUGUGCGCAUUCUCUCUCUCAACAUAAAGAAAUAAACUUAAAACAAACAAACAAACAAAAACUAUGAAGAUGGUUGAUAUAAAGGCCUGGGCUGAGUAUGUUGUGGAUUGGGCUGCAAAAGACCCGUUUGGUUUCCUUACAACAGUUAUUUUGGCCGUUACACCAUUGUUUCUAGUAAAUGCCAUAGUGUCCCAGAAAUUGGUCAAGAUGAUUGAGGCCAGGGAAAAGGACCAAAAGAAGGAACAAAAAUGUCAAGAAAAUAUUGCAAAAGCUAAAUAACUGCAUAAGCACUUAAGGAAUGAACAGGCUGUACAACCAGAGGUAAAUCGUUUGGAAAAUUAUGCAGUUUUGGAAGGACCCACUGAGGUGUCUUUUCUGUUUUUCAGGACAGUAAUUUGUAGUAAAGUCUGAGCACAUGGAAGAAUCAUGUUAGUUAUGACUUCUACUGCAGCAACUUUUAGGCUUUGGUGUAGAAGUCUGUUGAUGGUUAUUGUAAAUUGGCAUUUAUUAUGCUAUAAAUUCUUUAUAACUGACUUAGUCAUUUGCCAUUUUGCAGUUUAUGUACUGUAAUGAAAGCAUCCUGUGGAAAAUAAUGACCCUACAUUAUGAACUCUAUUCAAAUAAUGGCUUAGAACAGGGUCCUGUUGUGGACGAAGGAAAUUAAGAACUUAAAAAUCAGAAUUAUCCUGAUGUAGAAAGUGUGCUUUGGCUUUUAAGCCUUUUAAGACAUAUAGUAUAUUAAUUAUUAUAUCUUUUAUCAUUAUCGCUUAUUUCUUGGAAUAGAAUCAUUUCUGGCUUUUUCAAAGCCAAAUAUUAACCAAUGACUAUUUCUGUGUUCUGCAUUUUUCUCAUUUUAGCCUUUGAGAUAAUUAUCAGAUAUUCUGCAUUUCUUAAAAUCUAAUUUUAUAAAGAAUUCUCAUAUUGACUAUGAAGAAUACCACCUACCAGAUAUAACCAUGUUUGUACUUAUGAACACUGCCAUUUUCUUAGAGAUGUCUUGUUGAGUAGAAUAACACUAUGACUUAAAUGCUUGCAGUAAAAAUGCCAAACCUUGUGGUACCUUGGAACCAGUUUAUUCUUUCUUGUGCUAAGUAGAAAUGUGAAGUAGUUAAAAUGUCUUAUCAGAUAAUUUGCUGAUUAAAUAAAUGCCACUUUUGUGUUUUUUAUUCUAUUCUGUCUUACCUUAUUUAGUAGUGAUGUUCUAUACUUUUUGAUCCAAUAGAUUCAUGGUAAAAAUUAAAAUUUCAAAUUUCUUGUAUGGAAGUCUUAAAAAGUAAUAAGUCAUAUUUCAUAAGUGGUAAAGAAAGGUUUAACGUUUGGAAAAACUUUGUUCAUCAUACUAGUAAUUGGGUGAAGAAGGUAAAUUAUGUCAAAAUGAGAAUGUGUUAAAAUUAGCAA